CAUCAGUUCUUCAGUUGCUUUCAUAUGAGUUAAAUCUAUUAAAAAACCCAAACUAAGUAUCAUCAUGAAAGCAUUCACUCCAAUCAUCAUCCUCAUCGUAGCUGCAUCAAUGACUCUUGCAAUUGACCCAGCAGAAAAGAAAGCUCAAAUGAUGCAAAUCUUUACUGGAUGUAAAGCCUCGACAAACGCCAAUGACGAUGAUAUUGCAAAUUUGAUGAUGCACGCCAAACCAACGACCCAAGAAGGCAAAUGUAUGUUUUCGUGUGUCAUGGAAAAAAUGGGAAUUAUCACCGACGGCAAACUCAACCAACCUAAUAUGAUUGCAUGGGCUGAAUCAAUGGGCGCUCCAACAUCUGCAGUUGAUACAAUUGUGGCUGAAUGUGGUGGCUUAUCAGACCCAGAUCCUUGUGAAUCUGCAACAAUUAUUGGCCUCUGCUUCAAAACUGUCAGCAGGAAAUUAGGAAUUGACAUGGAUUUGUAGUUGUUUUGGCUAUUGAAUUGGAUAUGGAUGUUCAAUGCUUGGGUAUUUGGAUCCUUUUGUAAAUGACUUUUUGAAGAAAA